AUGCCCUUAGAUGUUCUGGGCCGCACGCGCGCUACACUGACAGAGCCAACGAGUUUCUUCCUUGUCCGAAAGGGCUGGAGCAUUGCAAUUAUUGCUCUUCAACGAGGAAUUCCUAGUAAGCGCAAGUCAUCAGCUUGCGCUGAUUACGUCCCUGCCCUUUGUACACACCGCCCGUCGCUACUACCGAUUGAAUGGCUCAGUGAGGCUUUCGGACUGGCCCAGGACGAGUGGCAACACUUAUCCAGGGCCGGAAAGUUGUUCAAACUUGGUCAUUUAGAGGAAGUAAAAGUCGUAACAAGGUUUUGUGAGAACAGACACCCUUCGCAGGGAGCGUUCGGAAGCCUAUGCAACCCUGAAGAGGGUCCGCGACUGUAA